UUAACGAAAUGGUUCAAUCUAUCGACGACGCUUAACCCGCUGUAUUUAGUAUUGACUGUACGCCGAAGAACAGGUUCAUUCACUUGUUACAGUUUUGUGUCAUCUAAAGUCUUAAUCAAGACAGGUUAAAAUGACAACGGUAAACUAUUCUGGUGCAUACAGACAUAACAAAUAAACAAGCAACAACGUGAGGGACCGAUUGACACGCUGUAGUGGGCAGUAUUUGCUUCACCAAGGAGCCUAUGGUUGAGACGUCUGACAGAGACCUGGAUGCUCUCGCUGGGCACACUGCUGCUCGGUGGCCUCACUAGCUCCAAAGGAACCUCUCCUCCAUUCUCCCCCCCUCCAUGAGCCCGAGGCGGUGGCCAGCACCCGAUGAUUCUGCCCGCCUGCUGCAGCCAUAGCGCUAACCACCCGGACCAGGGAGACGAAGUCGUAGGAUUGGCAGGACAGCCCGACCCGCCCUCUGACCCGUCGAAUUGUGAGAUGCCCUCGCUCCCCGACAAUGGAGAGGAUCAAGGAACAUCCCCCGUGAAUCUGCCAUCUGCCCGGGCCUAUCAGAACACGGGGAAGAGGAAGGUCCGCAACAAGAAGAAGAAAGGAAUCAUCACAGCCAACGUGGCAGGAACCAAAUAUGAAAUAGUGCGUGUCGCAAUUAGUGAGCUGGCUUUCCUGAAGACGCGGGAUGAGGACGAAACAGCUAACCUCAUCUGGAAUGACUCGGCUGUUCAACACGAGAAAAUCGCUGAGCUCAGGAACUACCAGAGAAUCAACCAUUUCCCUGGGAUGGGGGAAAUCUGCCGGAAAGACUGCUUGGCAAGAAACAUGGCCAAAAUGAUUAAAUUCCAGCCUCAGGAGUACAGCUUCAUACCCAAGACCUGGAUCUUUCCUGCUGAGUACACGCAGUUCCAGAACUAUGUGAAGGAGCUGCGGAGAAAGCGCAAGCAGAAGACAUUCAUCGUGAAGCCGGCCAACGGCGCCAUGGGUCACGGGAUUUCCUUGAUUCGCAAUUGCGAGAAGCUUCCGAGUCAAGAGCACUACAUCGUGCAGGAGUACCUCGAGAAGCCCUUUCUGAUGGAAGGUUACAAGUUUGACUUGCGUAUUUACAUCCUGGUCACCUCCUGCGAUCCUCUGCGGAUCUUCCUCUACAACGACGGCCUGGUCCGGAUGGGGACCGAGAAGUACCACUCGCCCAACGAGUCCAACCUGAGCCAACUGUUCAUGCACCUGACAAAUUACUCUGUCAACAAACACAACGAGAACUUUGAGCGAGAUGAGACCAUAGACAAAGGAAGCAAGAGAUCUGUGGGCUGGUUUUCCGAGUUCCUCCGGUCCAACGAUUUCGAUGUGGCCAAGUUCUGGAAUGAUGUAUCAGAACUGGUGGUGAAAACGCUAAUAGUGGCCGAGCCUCACGUCCUGCAUGCCUAUCGCAUGUGCCGCCCUGGACAGCCACCAGGGAGCGACAGUGUCUGCUUCGAGAUGCUUGGCUUCGACAUCAUCCUCGAUCGCAAGCUCAAGCCCUGGCUGUUAGAGAUCAAUCGUGCUCCGAGCUUCAGCACCGAUCAGAGGAUUGAUCAUGAUGUGAAGAAGGGGGCCCUGCUCAAUGCCCUGAAACUGCUCAACAUCAGGGCGAGCGAUAAGAGGCGUAACCUGGCUCAGCAGAAGGCAGAGGCCCAGCGGCGUCUCUACGGCCAGGGGUCCAUGAAGAGGCUCUCGUCCGUCUCCUCGGAGCGCGAGCGGCAGAGGCGCACCCUGGAGCGCAGGAGAGAGGAACUGAAAGAGCGUCUGGUCCAGGUCCGGAAGCAGAUCUCCCGGGAGGAGUACGAGAAACGGCACCUGGGGAACUACAGACGUAUUUACCCCCCAGAUGACAAGCUGCUCUUGGAGAAGUAUGAAAGCCUCCUCUCAGCUGCCUUUCAGAUAUUUCUCGCUGGGCGGGCGGCCUCACUUCAAAAGGAAAUGAAUAAUCCUCUGAAACGAAUGAAGGAGGAGGACAUCUUGGAUCUCCUGGAACAGUGUGAGCUGGACGAUGAGAAACUGACGGGGAGGUCUUCCCGCCAGAGAGGGUCCAAGGCAUUGUCCUCCAUGCCUGAGAGCAGCCACACACCCAAGAAGCAGCAGGGGGCCUACGGCAGCGGUUCCAGCAGUGGGGACGACAGCUGCUCCUCGGGCUCCGAGGACGAGGACGCCGACAGGGACGGGGACGGAGAGGAAGAUGGAGACGCCGAGGCUGAGGAGAAGGACGACUCCCUGACCGAGAACAAGAGGGUCUCCUACAACCUGGGAGACGCCAGACAUAAAUCAUCGGAGCGCUCCAGCCGUGUCCAGGGGAAGCCUCCAUUGAAGACUGUGCGUAUCCGCGCGGCGGCGUCCCCCACCCUGUCGGGGCCGAUCCGCCGCUCGGUGUCCUGCCCGCGUUCCAUCUCCUCACUGGCCGCCCAGUCGCCCACCAACGAGCAGCGAGGAGGACUUGCCGGCAGGACGCCCUCUUCCUCCUCCUCGGCUGGCGCCGCCUCCUCAGUGUCAGCGUCAGCGUCGUGGUCCUCGACCACCGGGCGGCCCAGCACGGCGUCCCGCUCCCACUCGCUCAGCCGCAGCGGCUCUGCCCACAGGGUGCCACACAGCAGCAGCCUGGGCACCAUCCACGCCCACAUGGCAAGCUCCGGCGAGUCCCUGCUGAACCUGAAGACGAAGGAGCAGGAGGCGGAGCUGACACGGCACACGCUGGCCGCGCUCAAUGAGAUGCGCAUCCGCUUCCCCGGCAAGAACGAGGAGGACGCCGAGCUGCUGCUGGAUGAAAUUCUAGACAACUGGAAGUAUCAUAAACCAAAAGUGGCCUCUUAUUGGUUGGUGAAAUUGGACUCCACCAAACAGAGAAAGGUUCUGGACAUUGUUCGCACCAACGUGCGUUCGGUGCUGCAGCGGGUGUGGAGAGAGCCUGACGUGGACAGUUUACAUUUGUACCGCCUUUUCAACCGUGUCUUUAACCGGCUGCUCUGGAGCCACGGACAGGGCCUCUGGAACUGCUUCUCCAACUCGGGGUCAUCAUGGGAGGGCAUCUUCAACCGCAGCAGCGAGGUGGUGACCGCGCAGGAGCUGCGCUGCUGCCAGAGGGUGGUCCAGCUGUGUCGGGACUGUCUGCUGGUGGUCUACAAGUUUGUGCAGGACUCCCGGGGCACCAUCAGCGGACUGAGCUCCGAGUGGGAGGACACCAGGUAUCUGGUGCCAGUCACGUCCCAGUUCAUAAUCAAGUGGCCUUCCUCCAGCCUUGGCCGCGUCUCCUCGGCGAUGCCUCGCUCCCGCAGCCUGUUCACCACCAGGAUGGGCCAGUUCUGACCUCUCCCUGCCCCGUCCGCCCUGCCCUGUCACCCACCCAACCUCCACCCCUCCACUACCCAUGCCCCUCCGUCCUUCCAUCCUCUCGUCCUGUCCUGUCCUGUCCUGUCCUGUCCUGUCUGCCCUCCAGGUCUCCAAGGCUGCCCAGCUGCCUGAGGCGGCUCUCUCUCUCUGGGCUCCCCUGUGCAGGCCAGGAGCCUGUGCCACCGGAGCAUAUGGGAGAGAUUUGCUUAGUCACCGGGGAGCUGUACCCAUCAGUUUCAGACUAUUAAGUCCCCCCUCGAGUGGCCAUGCAUAGCACCAGCUGGAUAGCGUAUCUCUCUUUUCUUCUCCUCUCUUCUGUCUCUUCCUUUUCUCUUCUCUUCUCUUUAUCUGUCUCUCUCACUGUCUUGCUUGUACAGUUUUAGGUCAUGAUACUGUAAAGAAGCAACAUAAUGUGAACAUAAUGCAUUAAUUUAUUUUGAGAUUUAAGAAAUAUUUAAAAAACAAAACAUAAUUCUGUGAAUGCUUUAGUGAUCUGUAGGUGAAGUGGUAUGACUAAGUACUUCCUUAGAGGGAAAGCUGUAGAAAGAAACAUUUUAUUUUAUUUCAGUGUGUGAAAUAAUUUUAAGGUGCUGUUUUUUUUUAUUUGUUUGAUUUUUUGAUUUUUGUCUUAUGUGUCCUUCUGACCAUUACUUUCAUGGUAUUAUCAUUUUAGAUUGCACUACUUGCCAAGAACAUUUAAGAACUAUACAUCGACCUCUAAUUUAAUUAUAUUAUAUUAUAUUUAUAUUAUUAGAGAGAGCAGGGACUAGUUUAGUGGGAGGUUUUCCUCCAAAACUGGAAAUGUCAUUUUGUCACCAAGGAAAAAAAAUAGAAGAGCAAAGCUGUCUUUGCCGUUUAAAGUAGUAUGCUUUGCAGCCAUUCUGUAAGGAGCCAAAUGAACCUGGGGAGGGAACUGCUUUGAAUAUGCACCCCCGCUGUCUUUGAAGAGCCACUGCAGAUGAUUGCAUCACUACUGCCUGCAUGGCCAGACUUAACCCCUUUUACCCGGUGUCAGUGCAGAGAGAGGAUCUGCUUACUUGAAUUUUGUGUUUUCCUUUUUUUUUUUCUCCUCCACUGCAGAGUGUCUGCUUACUUGAAUUUUGUUUUGUUCACAAAAGCAUUUGCUUUGUGUUUGUUUUUGUUUGUUUUGUUUGUUUUGAUAACACAUUGUCACACUGAUGUUUCUAUUUUGUAUUUAUGUCUGAUAUUUUGAAUAUGGGAAUAUCCCUUUAUGGCGUUUCAGAAAGUAUAAGCACGGCAUUGAACUGAAGUAUAGUAUAACGGCUAGAAUGUUUGCCAUGAGGUCUCAUUAGACAGUGUUCACUUUUCCUCCACUUACUGGAAGCAUCUGAGGAGACAUCAGCAUUAUCGUGCCAAUGAGACACACCGUAGGUCGUGUGUUAAGUUGGUUUGUAAGUAAUACGUUUUUUAAAAGUUAAGGCACUAGAGCCAAGAGCCCUCGUCACGUCACAUCAGGCCUGAUACUUACAGGAGGGCGACGCCUCACAUUUAUGCAGCUUGUUUCCUGGGGCAAACUUCUUCACAGCGUUGAGUUGAUGGCUAGCAGCGUGCGGUAAUGAGGCAGCGUGGACCGUGAGUGUUGUUUGUGUCCGAAGGCCCUUUCACACCAAGUCCCGAAUUUUCGGAUGAACUAACCACACAAAAUCACGCAGGUCAUUAAAUACAUCCACACCAAGGACGGAUUUCGUUCAGUCUUUGGUGUGCAAAGACUAAUAAGAACACUAUUUAAUUACCUGCUUGAUUUCGUAUCAAUAUUUUGUCCGAAAAUUCGGACUUGGUGUGAAAGGGCCUUAAUAAGGAUGAUGGUGAUGAAGACUGGAUUGGUCCCUCCAGCAUCUCAUACUCUCCUUAGUGUCAUCUCACCAUGCCAAGUCUCAUUUUGCCAGUUUUUUCUCUUACUGAGUUUUUCAAAGUUUACAUAGCAAUAAAAUGCUUAAGACAC